AUGGUUGACCGAAAGGUGCUGUUUGCAAGGUCUUCGAAGUCAAAUAACUUGAGCAUGGGAAUAGUUGGACUUCCAAAUGUAGGGAAGUCAACUCUUUUCAACUUUCUUACAAGGAACAAUGUUCCUGCGGAAAAUUACCCGUUCUGCACGAUUGAUCCUUCGGAAGGUCGUGUGGAGAUUCAGGACGAGAGAGUGGACUUUCUGGAAAAGAAGUACUCUCCUCAAAAUGUUGUGAAGGCAUAUUUAAGUAUAACAGACAUAGCCGGACUUGUCAAGGGAGCUAGUACUGGAGUUGGGCUUGGAAAUCAUUUUCUGGACAACAUCCGAAGUGUGGAUGGAAUAUUUCAUGUUGUAAGAUGCUUUGAAGAUACAGGAGUGGCUCAUUUUGAGGAUGGGGUUGAUCCAAUAAGAGACAUAGAAAUAGUCAACGAGGAGCUGAGGCUCAAGGACUAUGAGACUAUGGUUCGCCAUGAAGAGAAAAUGUCGAAGGAUCUGAAGUCGAAACCUUCUGACAAAAAGCUGAAGGAUCAGGUUUUGCUGGUCAGGAGGCUUGUGGAGAUAUUGAAGAGCGAUUGGGUAAACAAGCAUUCGUUCAACGAAGAAGAGAUUGGAUACAUAAGCACUCUGAAUCUGCUCACAGUGAAGAAUGUAGUGUAUCUAGCCAAUAUCAGUGAGAAGGAUUAUGAAAUGCGGCGGGCAAACAAGCACCUACGAGCGGUUAUGAAGUAUUCUGAGGAUGUUAUUGUGUUUAGUGCUACAUAUGAGGCCAACCAUGAAUCCAAGGUAUUUUUGAACAAGCUUGUAAAGAAGGGAUAUGAGUCUUUAGACCUAAUAAACUUCUUUACUGUGGGAAAGGACGAGGUCAGGAGCUGGACGAUAAGAAGAGGAAUAAAUGCACCUUCUGCAGGGGCAGUAAUCCACACGGACUUCAAGAAAUAUUUUAUUAUGGCCGAGGUGAUGUCUUUUGAAGAUUUCAAGACAUAUGGAGGAGAGGCUGAGGUCAAGAAGGCUGGAAAGUACCACCAGAGAGGGAAAACAUACAUUGUUAAUGACGGAGACAUAAUUCUCUUCAAGGUCAAUCCACCCAAGUCCACAGGAAAGAAGAAAUGA